AUGGCUCAUUCUCUGGUAGAAUCUCUGAUGUUAAACAAGAAGGAAACAUGCAAGGAUGAUAAAAUCACGGAAGCAGAUGCCCCUCAGAAUUCUGUCACCUUUGUUUAUCAAACCAGAGUAGCAGAAUCAUUGCGAAGUGUAACAGUUUCCUGGUGCAGGGACCCCACAGACCAUUUCCUUUCCAUGACUGUGGAUAACACAUUGAAAGAAAACAAGUUCUCCUGCAGGAUUGAUUUGGAAUCAGGGCAGUCUUGGGGGAAAAAGGGUCUCAGAUCCUUUGAAAUGGCAGGUGCAAGAGUAGACAUUUACUGGGAUCUUCGACGCGCAGAAUUCACCACAAGUCCACAACCUAACUCAGGUUAUUACAUUGCCUUGGUUUACAAGAAAGAGAUGCUUUUGUUGUUGGGAGAUUUAGAGAAUGAUGCUUUGAUAAGAACCAAAUCAAAACCAUCCCUAGAAGAGGCUACCUUGGUAUGCAAGAGAGACAAUGUGUAUGCGAAGAAGAUGUUUUGUACCAGAGCCAUUCUGGAAGAUGGUAAGACAGAAUAUGAUGUUGUGAUUGAGACUUCCCUGUCGGGUCCUGAUGAUCCAGAAAUGUGGAUUAACAUAGAUGGUAUGUUGGCCAGCAGAAUAAUGAACUUACAUUGGAGAUUCAGAGGGAAUGAAGUAGUGAUGGUGAAUAAUUUCCCUGUGCAAAUCUUCUGGGAUGUGCAUGAUUGGCUUUUUACAAAUGAACUUGGUCCAGGCCCUGCCUUCUUUGUUUUCAAGCCAGGCGUUUUGGAAACUACCAGCGAUUCUAAUGCCAAAGAAUGCCAAGAAGGAACAGGAGGUAGCAGCAGAGGUGAACUUCUAGAGGAUUCAUCCACCACAGGAUUUUGCCAUUAUCUGUAUGCUUGGAGAACUGCUUGA